UAACCCACUGCUCCUUGGCCUCGGAGAUAUCACCGCUCCAAACGGAUCACCUUUUGCUGCCUCUUUUAUUGUCUGUGUUGUCUUCCAUCCUUUGUAAACAUUAAUUUGUAGUUCUCAGAGACUCUGACUCCACUUCAUUUCUCACUUCUAUAUAUACGUCUUCGAUCUAAAACCUCCUCUUUAUACUAUCUAUUACGAAUAAGCAUUGGUAGAGAAGAAAGAGAGAGUGAGAGAGAGAUGGCUCUAGAGUUGCAGGAGAGGAAUGGGAUGGUCAUCGAUUCUCAUGCGCCGGAGGUUAUGGAGAAGGGAUGGAACGGUGGGAAGAACUUGGAUGACGAUGGCCGAGAAAAGAGAACUGGAACGGUGGUGACUGCAAGUGCUCAUAUAAUUACUGCUGUGAUUGGGUCGGGUGUGCUAUCGCUAGCCUGGGCCAUGGCUCAGUUGGGUUGGGUUGCUGGGCCUGCUGUUCUGAUUGGCUUCUCUAUUAUCACCUGGUUCACCUCCACUUUGCUUGCCGACGGUUACAGAUCUCCUGACCCUCUUUCCGGGAGAAGAAACUAUACCUACAUGGACGUCGUCAGAUCCAAUUUAGGGGGAAUGAAAGUUCAGCUAUGUGGAAUAGCUCAGUAUACAAACCUUAUAGGGGUCACCAUCGGAUACACCAUCACUGCAUCUAUCAGUAUGGUGGCGAUUAUAAGGUCAAACUGUUUCCACAAGCAUGGCCAUGGAGUUCAUUGUUACACAUCGAACUAUCCUUUCAUGAUCAUAUUUGCAUGCUUUCAAAUAGUAUUAUCUCAGGUACCAAAUUUCCAUAAGCUUUCAUGGCUUUCAAUCGUGGCUGCAGUCAUGUCCUUUGCAUAUUCUUCAAUUGGGGUGGGUCUUUCCAUUGCCAAAGUUGCAGAGAAAGGGCACCACGUGGGAACAACCCUAACGGGGGUUAUAGUAGGGGUAGAUGUCACCAGUACAGAAAAGGUGUGGAGGACCUUCCAAGCCAUUGGAAACAUUGCCUUUGCCUAUAGUUAUUCCACCGUCCUCAUUGAGAUACAGGACACACUAAAGUCAAGCCCGCCAGAAAAUGAAUCAAUGAAGAAAGCUUCUUUCAUCGGAGUCUCGAUGACCACCUUCUUCUAUAUGCUAUGCGGCAUAAUGGGUUAUGCCGCAUUUGGGAACGAUGCACCAGGAAACUUUCUCACUGGAUUUGGUUUCUAUGAGCCCUUCUGGCUCAUUGACAUUGCAAACUUCUGCAUUGCAGUCCAUCUCAUCGGAGCAUACCAGGUCUUCUGCCAACCCAUAUUUGGGAAAUUUGAAGGUUACUGCAACCAACGGUGGCCGGAAAACGGGUUUAUAAUGAACGAAUACGCCGUUCCCAUUCCGUUCUACGGUUCAUAUUUCAUCAACUUCUUCAGACUGACAUGGAGGACGGUUUACGUGAUAGUAACAUCAGUUAUAGCCAUGCUGUUUCCAUUUUUCAAUGACUUCUUAGGGUUGAUGGGAGCUGCUUCUUUCUGGCCACUCACUGUUUACUUCCCUAUUGAGAUGCACAUUGCACAGGCUAAGCUACAUAAGUUUUCUUCAAGGUGGAUAUGGCUCAAAGUAAUGAGUUGGGCUUGCCUGAUUGUAUCUAUUAUUGCCUUCGCCGGAUCAGCUCAAGGUCUUAUUGCUGAUCUCAAGACUUAUAAGCCAUUUAAGGUCCAACAUUAAUAAUUAAUAAGUCUAAUUAUAAACCUGUUUGUAUUUGAUCAUCAAUGUGGAAAAUGGUAUGGAAUAAUUUUUUUUCUUGAAAUAAAAUACCGAAUAUUGAAACAUUAAA